UUCUGUAUUUUAAAAUUCAACUUGGUAUCAGGAGCACCAUGGCUUCCCAAACUUCUUCUUCCACUCAAACUCAAACUUCUUCUCCAAAUCAGACUACCUCCACCCAAUCCUCUUUGGGUCUUCCAAAUCCUCCUCCAACUAUUUCUAAUAUUAAAGGUUUUGUACCUAUUGAGUUGACAUAUCUUAAUUAUCUUACAUGGAAAAAGGUUUUUCUUAUUGUUCUAAAAAGUCACAACCUUCUUUCUUUGGUUGAUGGCUCUAUACCAUGUCCAACAUCAACCCAUGAUGAGUAUCGACUGUGGAUUCAAUGUGAUACUAUAACACUCAGUUGGAUUAAUGUCACUUUUUCACCUCCAGUUCUUGAUUCUCUUCCUAACUAUGCUUGUGAAACCUCCAAAGAGGCGUGGGAUGUUCUUGCUUCUCUCUACCUUGAUCAGGUUUCAUCCUCGUCAAUUCAUCUGAAAUCAAAAUUUCAGAAUUUUAAGAAAGGCUCACUUUCCAUGGAGGAUUAUCUUCAACAACUCCACUCUCUUGCUUGUUCACUUAGAGCAGUUGGAAAACCAGUUUCUGAUGACGAUUUAGUAACCCAAGCAUUGCAAGGACUUCCAUCUUCCUAUCAAACUUUUGUCUCUGGAUUAAAUGCUACAGGAACUCUCCCAACUUUUCUAGCAUUGCGUCCAUUACUUCUCACUGAAGAAGCACAUAUUAAUGCAACAAACAAUGAUGAUCCCACUUCUCACACUGCCUUAGUUGCUUCCACCCCAACACAACCAGUUUCUCAACCCCAUUCUUCUACUUUAUCUCAUACUAAUACAUAUUCAAAAGUAUCAUACAAUGGACGUGGUCAUGGUAUAUCCAACAAAGGCAGGGGUCGAGAUCAAUACUCUACUCGCUCUAAUUUCUCAAAUCAAUGGGCUGGUUUUCAACAAAAUUUUCGUCCUUCCUCUCGAGGUGAUGGAGUUCUUGGUCGACCUCCUUUCACGUCGACUAAACAAUGUCAAAUCUGUUUUCACUUUAAUCACACCGCUCUCGAGUGUAGGAACCGUUUUAAUCAUUCUUAUGUUCCCAAUUCACUUCCAAAAUCAUUUGCUGCUAUGAAUUUGGAGGAAGUCCAGCCUUCUAUAUGGUAUCCUGAUUCUGGUGCUUCUGCGCAUAUGACGAACAAUCAAUCUUUGUUAUCAUCUCCCUCUACUUACAUUGGUUCGUCACAGGUGAUGGUUGGAAAUGGACAAGAAAACCAAGCAAGUGUUACUCCGUUGUGAGAAUGAUGGCUCUCUCUAUCCAGUUCACACAGUCUCCAGUCGCUCCUCUCAUGUUGCUCUUUCAAGUAUUGUCUCGCCUUCCUUUCUUUGGCACCAACAUUUAGGCCAUCCGGGGCAACGUUCUCUUGCAGCUUUAGUUCGUAGGGGUUUUAUUCCAUGUAAUUCAUCGUUUGAAACUUCUGGUUGUAAUAUUUGUCACCUAGGCAAACAAUCUAAGUUGCCAUUUAAUUCCUCUCAUAAUAUUGCACACUCUCCUUUUGUUUUAAUUCAUUCAGAUGUGUGGCAAGCUCCAUUUAGUUCAAAUUCUGGU